AACCGGCCUCGCCGCGGCGUCUCUGCCAUGGUUUUCUCAAAUAAUGAUGAAGCCCUUAUUAACAAAAAACUACCCAAAGAACUUCUGUUAAGAAUAUUUUCUUUCUUGGACAUAGUUACUUUGUGUCGAUGUGCACAAGUUUCCAAGGCAUGGAACGUUUUAGCUCUGGAUGGAAGCAAUUGGCAAAGAAUAGACCUCUUUAACUUUCAAACGGAUAUAGAGGGUCGUGUUGUGGAAAAUAUAUCGAAAAGGUGUGGUGGGUUCCUGAGACAACUUAGUCUGAGAGGAUGUCUUGGUGUUGGAGACUCGUCUUUAAAGACCUUUGCACAGAACUGUAGAAACAUCGAACACUUAAAUCUAAAUGGGUGCACAAAAAUCACUGACAGCACGUGUUACAGUCUUAGCAGAUUCUGUUCCAAGCUGAAACAUCUGGAUCUGACAUCUUGUGUAGCCAUCACAAACAGCUCUUUGAAAGGCUUAAGUGAGGGUUGCAGAAAUCUGGAACAUUUGAAUCUUUCCUGGUGUGAUCAGAUUACGAAGGAUGGUAUUGAAGCACUGGUGAAAGGGUGUAGUGGACUAAAAGCUCUAUUUCUUAGAGGUUGCACACAGUUAGAAGAUGAAGCAUUGAAACACAUUCAAAAUCACUGUCAUGAACUUGUAAUCCUGAAUUUGCAAUCCUGUACACAAAUUUCAGAUGAAGGCAUUGUAAAAAUCUGUAGAGGAUGCCAUAGACUUCAGUCACUCUGUGUUUCAGGCUGUAGCAACCUUACAGAUGCUUCUCUCACAGCACUUGGUCUAAACUGUCCAAGGCUGAAGAUUUUGGAAGCUGCAAGAUGUUCACAUCUUACAGAUGCUGGUUUUACCCUUUUAGCACGGAAUUGCCAUGAGCUGGAGAAGAUGGACUUGGAAGAGUGUGUUUUGAUAACUGACAGCACAUUGAUACAACUUUCUAUACACUGUCCUAAGCUACAAGCAUUGAGCUUAUCUCACUGUGAAUUGAUCACUGAUGAUGGGAUUCUUCAUCUGAGCAACAGUACGUGUGGUCAUGAGAGGCUGCAGGUACUGGAGCUUGAUAACUGUCUUCUCAUCACUGAUGUGACUCUGGAACACCUGGAGAACUGCCACAACUUGGAGAGAAUUGAGCUGUAUGACUGUCAGCAAGUCACGCGAGCUGGAAUCAAACGAAUCAGAGCUCAUCUACCUCAUGUGAAAGUUCAUGCUUACUUUGCUCCAGUAACUCCCCCUCCUUCAGUAGGAGGGAGCGGACAGCGCCUCUGCAGAUGCUGUAUUAUUCUUUGACAGUAAAAACCUUAACGUAAUGUGCAGCUGUGGAUUAAGUUGGUGAUGCUUCGGUUUGUAUUAGUAACUCCUUCCUUCUGUUGGCAUGAGAACUGAAGUACCGUGUAAAAUGUGCGGGCAUUUCAGCAUAGCAGCUACUCGGUGAAAGUUCACUAAACUUGGAAGUUAAUUUGCAUUUGUAAGCAGUACUCAGUGUGAAGUUCUAACGUAACGUGGGGCUCAAGUCCGUCACACCAAGGAACUGAACCUGCUGUUCUGUAACAUACAUGACAGAUUAAGUAUCAGGUUUAAGGACAAAUCAGCUUUAGCAGAUGUUGACCAAAAAAAAUGCAAGGUAAUCAUGAGCUCUUACAGCAAAACAGCUUAUACUUUUUCAUCAUUCAGCUUCAUAUUUAAUUACAUAACAGGACAUACUAGGUAAUGUCAAAAGGUAAGAUAGUACCUCAAGAUAACUAUAUAAAUAGAAAUACUUUCCAAGUUUUUGAACUUGGUUCAGUCGAACUGUGUGUUAGUAUAAAGCUUGCCCGUCACUGAAGCACGUUUUAUGCCCAAUGCCAUCGGCCUUUAAAAAGGGUAAGAAAUCCACUGUGGUAGAGCUUGUGCACUCUACUGUAAUUGGCUGCCACAAUCAUUCAUGGUGCUUACUGUAACGCCAUUCCUGUGUGUCCUCAAUUACCUCCUCCGCUUGUAAGGAAAGGAUGCAGCGGUUCUAGGAAGAGGGGUGCAUUAUUCAUGCUUUUCUACAAAGAAUGGAAACCAGGUUCAGUUACAGGAACUAUGAUGGAGCGAGGAAUUCAAUUCAAGCUGUUUGUCCCACCUGUUUUAGGGACACAGCAAGCAGAUGAGCAAAUAAAUCUGUAGGCAGGAGUUGAACCAAACCAAACCUGUGGUUUUCAAAUGUAGAAAGCCAAACUCGUCACAUUUGGGUUAUUUAAGAAGCUGUCAACUCUGAAUGAUAAUAAUAAUAAUAAAAUCUAUGUAUUAACUCUUAAGGCCAUGCUUUCAUCCUUAGUUUCUCAGUGCUAGAGGGUUAGAAAAAAUAAACUUUAUAUUAAGCAACUUAAUUAUCUGAGAUAAACUACUCAACAGUUCAGAAAGCUUUUUUGUGUAAGAUUGAUUGUGUGUGUGUGUGUAUGUUUUAAGAGUUUGGGGCCUGUGUGUUUACUGAAAACUAAUAGAAAUACUGGCUUAAAAAACAGUUGGAGAAGCUACUACUGGUUAGUACUGCAAUCGCCCCCCCCAAAAUUUUAAGCUACUUUUUAAAUGGAGUGUGAACAUUAAGAGACUUUUAUGGCUAACAAUGGCUGGGUUGCGUUCAUGCUUCACACAUUGACAGACGAUGGGGACAGUAAACUAAGACCUCAACUCUGAGGUUAAAUUGCAGAUUAGAGUGCAGUACAUGGGUUUCUUUAGUACUACAAAAUAAGCCAAUCAGGGUUUGUGUUGCACAGUAGUGGAGGAGUGUUGUUACAAUCAUACUUCUUAGAGUUCCAUUAAGAUACUGCUGUAAUGGAGAGUUUUAGGCAGAUUUUAUUCUCAACUGACCAGGAAAGUCAUUGGUACCAGUAUGUCAAGAUGUGUUGCCUUUUGUUGGCUCAUUUUUUUUCUAAGAACAUAAUGAACCUUGUAAGUCUAUUGCAUUAAAGAUGUACAAAAACAAAUGGAACCUACUCUGAUAUAGGACACUUCAAUAAACAAACA